UAUGCUUUUUAUGGUGAGUGUCAUGAUGGAACAGUAAUUUCCAGCAUAGAAAGGGUUAGGUUUUCCACUUUCUCCCAAUUCAAUGAGCCUUCUUCUAGAAUCCACAUUGUGAGGAAACCUCACAGUAGGGGGUAAUUCACAAAUACCCACUAAAUGUCAUAAGGACAGGCUGUCUGGCUAGGGGACUGAUAACACAAUUAUCAUACCUGUGCUAUAGUGGAGUGGUCUUGUCUCAAAGCAGAUUUAAAGGUAAUAUUGUUUUAUGCUCAUAACUUAAAUACAAUCUAAUACAGAUAUAAAUCAUAGCACCCAUUACUUUCCUUAUAGCUAGGACUUCUUGAGGAGUCCAAACACGCCCACAUUAUUAUGAUCCCUCCCAGUGUUGCCCGAUAUUCUGAUAAUGCCAGAAUAAUGUGUAUUGGUCUUGGGGUGUUUGGUCUCUAUGAAAAGAGAAUUCAUUUUCCUACCUGGUACUCAUAUUUUCAUAAUUUUGCUAUACAACCACAAAUAGUUUAGGCUGGUUGAAAGAUCUAUGUAUCCAGAAUAGCCAGUUGUAAAUUGGUGACCCGCCCUCACCUAUCUCAUUGGAUGGGGGCGUGACCUUUCACUUCCCAAUCUGGAUAUCAAGGGUCCAGACAACUGGGAAGAUGUAUACCUUUGGGGACCAAGCUGCUUGGGAGGUAUAUGCCGUUAUUCUUCCGUUCCCCCGGAACAGGACUCAUAUAAGAUCCUUCUGUAGGUGAUGUAUGUAGGUUUCUGCAUUUUUAUCCUUUUUUAUUUUAUAACUGUUUGCUGCUUUGUAUGUUAUUGGUAAGUGUAUCGUAUCUUUUUAUAUUUUAUGCACUGUCCACUUUGGACUAUUAAAUCUACAAUUUAAAAGAGUUUGUCUUUGCUGCUCUAAAUGAACCUUUGACCUGAAGAGAAGUGUGUAUGUCCAAUGUAUGCUAACCCCUCUUGCUAGUUAGACGGGACAUUGUGCAUGUUUUAUCCUUUAUCUGCGGGUGUGGGAGUUUUGUGUUGACUGUUGAUUGCCUUAACCUGUCUGCUGGAGUGAAUGUCAUAGUGCUUAGCUAGAAAGCAUAGUGGGAUAAGCCUCUAGUAAGUGUCAGAGUGUCAAGAGUCGGGUGCUUGCGGCCCUUAAGCGCGGUGGUGGCAGCUUUGAAGUUUUGGCAUGUUGGGACUGUUUGGGUGUGACUGCGUGUGAGUUCUGCACAGGUUAGCGAGGAACUGCGUGGGCCUUUACAGUUGCAUGCUGUGUCACGUGAGUCUGUGGGGGCGUGCGUGACAAUUGGUGGCAAAAAAGCGGUGGGAUAUUUUUAUUUUUAGAGCAUUAGUGCUUGGGUUAUCUAAUUAACCCUUACACUAAAGGAUUGCAUCCUUGCGAGGAUAACCAGUCCUCAAAGAUAAAACUCAGUGCAUAUUUUACUUUUGAAAAACAUACAAGCAAACAGUUUCCCCUUUCCCCAUUUUUCUUUUCUAUCUUUUAUUUUGCUAGUGUUGAGUAAUAUGGCAACCUCUUACAAAAGACAGAGCAAGGAAGCUCUUGUCGACCUCUGUGAGCAGAGAGGUAUUGAUACGUUGUCUAAAUCGAAGGAAAUGCUAAUUUGUGCAUUGCUGGAGGAUGAUCAGGAACAGCAGAACCACACACCUGAGUUGGGGAACUCUAUGGCUCGAGCUACCCCAGAGAUGAACUCUGUCCCUGGAUCCUUCUCGGGUGAUGAUACCCGCAGCAAAGCAGUACAGGGAGACAGGAAUUCUGCCCUGCAACAAGCUCUAGAAUUAUUGGGCUCAGAUGACCCCCAACUGCGUCUCCAGCUGAUCCUCCAAUAUCAGCAGGCGGAAGCAGCAGAGAGAACAGCAGAAAGGGAAGCAGCGGAGAGGACAUCAGAGAGGCAACUCCAACUGGAAUUAGCCAAACUCCAACAGCAGCCGCUAUCCACACAGUCCAGUGAGCCCAGGGAAGUUCCUUUUGUUCUACAGCCCUCUGCCAAGUUCCCUGUCAUGGAUAAGGACAGUGACUUGGAUACUUUUUUGCAAAGUUUUGAAAAGACUUGCAGGCAAUAUCAAUUGCCCCGGGAGCAGUGGGCCAGACAUUUAACACCUGGAUUAAAAGGCAAAGCUCUAGCUGCCUUUGUGGAACUUCCACCUGAGCUAGAUGGAAACUAUGAUGAACUAAAAAAGGCUCUCAUUAAAAAAUAUAAUCUCACACCAGAGGUAUACCGGCGAAAGUUUAGGGCAUUGCAUAAAGGGCCCAUGGACAGUUACUCUGAUGCAGUGAGCAAUCUCAGGACUACCUUUCGUCAGUGGAUUAAGGGGCUUUCCAUUGAAACCUUAGCUGAUCUAGAAGAUUUGAUGGUGAAGGAUCAGUUCCUACACAUUUGCCCUGCAGAGGUGCGACAAUUUGUAGUAGAUAGAGAGCCUAAAACAGCAGACAAGGCUGCAGAGAUCGCCGAUACCUAUGCUGCUAGCAGAGUUCCCGACAGCCGCAAAUCAUCUUUCCAUAGCUGGAAACCCAGGAAAGCAGAUGUUAACCUGUCUAUGCCCCCAAGUCUUUCAGCACAGCAUGCCAGGUCCAGUGAAAGUUCUUCUUUAGGUGGGUCUAGUGCCAACGUGGAUCAUGGAGAUACCCGCAGAUGCUUUUCCUGCCACCAGGUGGGCCAUGUGAGGUCCGCCUGCCCGGAACAAAAGGGAGCCACCACACCUGUCCAACCUGUGGUAAUGUUUGUGUCUGGUAAGGCUGAAAAUUUAUCUCAUCACAUGCAGCCUGUGAUUGUGGGUAACAAAGUGACUCAGGGACUAAGGGACUCAGGGUCUAAUUUUUCUCUUGUGCGUCCAGAGAUUAUUAACACUGGGGACAUUAUUCCUGGGAAGACUUUGUCUGUGAAGGGAGUGGGUGGAAGCCACCCAAAGGUGCCUGUGGCAAAGGUUCACUUGGAUUGGGGUGUGGGAAGAGGUCUAAGGGAAGUGGGGGUUUCCAAUGAAAUUCCGGUUGAUGUAUUGCUGGGGAAUGAUUUGGGAAGUAUGCUCUCUGCUUUUGUGCCCAAUGACCAGGUCUCACUAGGUCCAGCCGCGCUGGAGUGUGGCCACACGCCUCAAUCCGUAACUGCCACCUGUAAAGUAAAGCAAAGUAGCUGGGAGGGAGGACUGGGAGACAGACAAUUACAUUUCCCAGUGCCUGAACCAGUAGUGUCCCAAGGUGGGGAUAGGAUGGGAGAGGGAAAGGAGAGGUUUCCCCUAGGUGUCUCCCUAGUACAGUCAGGUAGUGUACCUGCGGAGAGGGGUUUCCAGAGUGGGAUCCCUGAUCCUGUACCCAAACUGCCUGAGGUCUUGAGAGUCAGUGCAGGAGUGUGGGGGACAGGUGGUUAGGACACAAAGCAAGGUCCUUGUAGAUAGUAGCACUCAGACUGGAGACAGUGAUGGUAGAGGGGAGCUUGGUCUAGCUCUAGUACCAGAACCAGUACUGGGAGGGGGGCAGGUAGUCAGAGUCAAGGAAGGAUUCCUGACAGUACCAGUGCCAGUUGUUGCCCCCAGGACAGCUAACAACAAGACAGUUGGCCCAGAGGUGCAGGACAUGUGGGUAGAGCCCAAUACUUUAUGCUGGUCCAGGACUAAGCAAGUCAAUGGAGACCAAGAGGGCAUAACAUGGGUAGAAGGCUGCCAAUCAGUGUCCAAGUCUAGGCCCGGCGAACGUGGAACUAGAGACAGGCAGGAGGAUCCCACAGGCAAGGGGCAAAUAGCAGAGACAGAAGAGAACCAAGAAGAAGAAAGAGGGCAGGUGCCUAUGGUGGGUAGUUACAGUUUGUGGCCUAGUACCCAAGGCAGGGGCUGUAACAACAAGGAAGGUAUGAGCAGUGUACCUCAAUUUUACUCCUCCAGUGCCUUGGAUACAGCCGGCAAAGAUCCCAAGGAAAAGGAUUUUAGGCCCAAAAGGUAAAAUAAUCCCUAAUGUUGUUCAAUAGAAUAUGACCUUUUGGUAUUGACCCCAAUCUGUGUAAUGGUUUAGUGUAUAUUGUUGUUCCAAGGUUAUUAUUUGAGGGCCCUGUCCACUCAUGAAAGAGGAGUGCUUCUGGUAAUGUUGAGGGCCUAUCAUGUCAAACAGAACUAAUGGAGCACCAGCGCGACAGAAAUUAACUUGUAGAAGUCACUUUCCUUGCGCUGAGUUAAAGGGGGGAGAUGUCAUGAUGGAACAGUAAUUUCCAGCAUAGAAAGGGUUAGGUUUUCCACUUUCUCCCAAUUCAAUGAGCCUUCUUCUAGAAUCCACAUUGUGAGGAAACCUCACAGUAGGGGGUAAUUCACAAAUACCCACUAAAUGUCAUAAGGACAGGCUGUCUGGCUAGGGGACUGAUAACACAAUUAUCAUACCUGUGCUAUAGUGGAGUGGUCUUGUCUCAAAGCAGAUUUAAAGGUAAUAUUGUUUUAUGCUCAUAACUUAAAUACAAUCUAAUACAGAUAUAAAUCAUAGCACCCAUUACUUUCCUUAUAGCUAGGACUUCUUGAGGAGUCCAAACACGCCCACAUUAUUAUGAUCCCUCCCAGUGUUGCCCGAUAUUCUGAUAAUGCCAGAAUAAUGUGUAUUGGUCUUGGGGUGUUUGGUCUCUAUGAAAAGAGAAUUCAUUUUCCUACCUGGUACUCAUAUUUUCAUAAUUUUGCUAUACAACCACAAAUAGUUUAGGCUGGUUGAAAGAUCUAUGUAUCCAGAAUAGCCAGUUGUAAAUUGGUGACCCGCCCUCACCUAUCUCAUUGGAUGGGGGCGUGACCUUUCACUUCCCAAUCUGGAUAUCAAGGGUCCAGACAACUGGGAAGAUGUAUACCUUUGGGGACCAAGCUGCUUGGGAGGUAUAUGCCGUUAUUCUUCCGUUCCCCCGGAACAGGACUCAUAUAAGAUCCUUCUGUAGGUGAUGUAUGUAGGUUUCUGCAUUUUUAUCCUUUUUUAUUUUAUAACUGUUUGCUGCUUUGUAUGUUAUUGGUAAGUGUAUCGUAUCUUUUUAUAUUUUAUGCACUGUCCACUUUGGACUAUUAAAUCUACAAUUUAAAAGA